AUGUAUCAUGUUUGUUUCCUCGUCUUGCUACUCGCAUCCCUCCUGAUCACCUCAACAGCGGCAGACCGACCAACACUCUACAUCAUCCGACAUGGCGAGAAAUCCGGCGACCCCGAGGAUUCCGGCUUGAAUGCCGACGGCUUCAGACGGGCACAAUGCCUCCGGGACGUGUUCGGUGUCAACUCUACAUAUGACAUCGGCUAUAUCGUCGCCCCGAGGCCAAACAGAUAUGGUCAACACAGACGCUCAUUCGAGACCGUCCUCCCGCUCGCCAUCGACUUAGGUCUUGCAGUUGAUCUCUCAUGCAAACGGAAUCAAGUCAGGUGCGUAGCAAAGCUCGUGAGGAACUUCCAGGGACCGGGAAAUAUCCUGAUUUCCUGGCGGCAUGGGAAAAUGAAAGAGAUCAUGGAGGAACUAGGCUCUGAUCACGUCCCGGAAUAUCCAGAGGACCGCUUCGAUUUGAUCUGGACUGUUCCGUUUCCUUAUGACAAUAUCACGGAUGUCAGGAGCGAAGGAUGUCCUGGUCUCGAUACUUGUUCAUUACUCAAGGUCCAAGGCUGA